AUGAAUCAAAGCUGGACCACCCCGCAAGGCAUGUCGCGACGACACUUUGUGAAGCACUUGGCGGCCAGCUCGGCCAUGGUCGGCUCGGCGAUGAACUUCGCCGGUACUUUGCGUGCGAACGCCGACGAUCUGAAGCGGCGGAACAAGUCGGCCAUCUUGCUGUGGAUGGGCGGCGGCCCCAGCACGAUCGACCUGUGGGACUUGAAGCCGGGCACCGCAACCGGUGGACCGUUCAAGCCGAUUGCGACCUCGGGCGAUGUGCAGAUUUCCGAGCACCUGCCCAAGGUUGCUCAGCAGAUGCACCACAUGGCGAUCAUCCGCUCGAUGAGCACCCGCGAGGCCGAUCACGAUCGCGGUCGCUACUACAUGCACACGGGCUAUGUGCCCAACCCCAACAUUGUUCACCCCAGCUAUGGGGCCGUGGUGAGCCACGAGUUGAUCGAGCAAACCCCUGAUCUUGAGAUUCCGCCGUUCGUCUCCAUCGGCGGUGGUAGCGAAGGGCCUGGGUUCUUGGGAAUGGCCUACUCGCCGUUUGUGGUCGAUUCGAAUGGCCGCGUGCGGAACUUGGAGAUGGAUGUCGAUCGUCAGCGACUCAACCAGCGGAUGUACAUGCUGGCCUCGCUCGAGAAUCGUUUCAUCGCUGAAGGUCGUGGUCCCGCGGCGGUCGACCAUUCGAAGAUUCUCGACAAGACCGUCGACCUGAUGACCAGCCAACAGAUGGAGGCGUUUAAGGUCGAUGGCGAACCCGAGGCCAUGCGUGAGCGUUAUGGGGACAACCCCUUCGGUCGCGGGUGCCUCAUGGCGCGACGGCUCACGGAAACUGGCGUGCCCUUCGUCGAGGUGGACUUCGGCGGAUGGGACAAUCACCAGGACGUGUUCAACAUCCUGGGGAACAACAAGCUGCCCCAACUCGACAUGGCGAUGAGCGCCUUGAUCAGCGAUCUGGAAGAGCGCGGCCGUCUGCAAGACACCGUGAUCAUCUGGAUGGGUGAGUUCGGACGUACUCCGCGGAUCAACGCCAACGUGGGUCGAGAUCACUGGGCCCGAGCCUGGAGCGUGGUCGUCGGUGGUGGCGGGAUCAACGGUGGUAUCGCUGUCGGGGAGACCGACGAAAACGGUCUCCGCGUGACCACCGAGCCUUACACCUCACAAGACGUGAUGGCCUCGGUGCUCAAAGCCCUGGGCAUUCCGCUCACAACCACAUUCACGAGCCUCAACGGCCGCCCGAUGAAGAUCGCUAACAGCGGCCGUGUGAUCAACGAGCUCACCUUGUCGAAUCCCGACACCUUUUCCGCCGGAACCUUGCGUCCUUUGUUGCGGCUGGCACUGCCGGUGCUGGCCGAACAGUUGUUGACCAUUCUGGUGGUCUACUCCGACGCCGUGCUCACGGGCCAUUACUUCGGUGAUCCAGAGCUGGCCGCCAUCAAUCUGUUGAACUACGUGAUGUGGUUCCUGACGAGCCUGUGGUUGCUGGUUUCGAUUGGCUCCACGGCCCUGGUCGCCCGCUUCGUGGGGGCCGGCGAUUGGGAGCUGGCACAGAAGGUGACCGAUCAGUCGUACAUUGUCGGCAUUGUGCUGGCGGUUAUCUCGACCAUCACCGGCAUGUUCUUCUGCGACGAUGCGAUUCGGCUGCUGCAGCUUGAAGACACGGCGGCCCAACGGGCGACGGUCUAUCUGUGGAUCUUUCUGCCGGUGUUGCCGGCCUCGAUGCUGGAGGUGGUCGGCAUUGCUUGUCUCCGCGGGGCGGGCGAUACGGUGUCGGGGUUGAUCGUGAUGGUGGCUGUAAACGUGGUGAACGUGGCCGUGAGUUGGCCGCUGGCUUUGGGGCUGUUCGGAAUGCCCGACAUGGGUUGGAAGGGGCUGGCCAUCGGUACCGCAAGUGGGCACCUGGUCGGCGGGCUGAUGGUGCUGGGAAUGCUCAUUCGCGGGCGUAGUGGACUGCGGCUGCACUGGCGUUCGUUGGUGCCUGAUGUUCCGCUGAUCCGUCGGGUGUGCCGAAUUGGUUUCCCCGGCGGGCUCGACGUGCUGACGAUAAUCAGCCUGCAACUGUGGUUCGUGGCCAUCGUGAACCAGCUUGGCGAUCUGGCGGCCGCAGCGCAUGGGAUUGCAAUUCGGGUUGAAUCGUUGGCCUACUUGCCGGGGCUGGCGUUCGAGGUGGCCGCCACCACGCUAGUCGGGCAGUAUCUGGGGGCGGGCGAUCAUCGGAGGGCCAGUCGCAGUGUGUUGAUGGCCCUGUUGGUCGGCGGCGGAAUCAUCAUCGCCGCGGGGGUACUCUUCUUCACAUUAUCGAUCCCGCUGGUCGACAUCUUCGUGAGUGCCGAUCGAACCGACGUGGUUGAAACGGCGGCCCCGCUGCUGCGGAUUGUCGCGCUGGGCAUGCCGGCGCUCGCCAUUCAUAUGAUGCUGGUCGGUGCGCUGCGCGGAGCAGGCGAUACUCGCUGGCCGCUGUUGUUUACGAUCAUUGGCUAUCUCGGAGUCCGUAUUCCGCUGGCUUACCUGUUCGCUCAAAGCUGGGGCUGGGGUGUCGACGGGGCCUGGUAUGCCAUGCUGGCCGAUCUUUACGUACGGGCGACGUUGGUCAGCUACCGGUUCCUUCACGGCGGCUGGAAGCGAAUUGUGGUGUGA